UUUUCCUUACCCGUUUGUGCUUACCUUCACAUUCAAAUAUUUUUUAAUCGUUUCGUUUGUGGUCACAAUAGUAAUUCGUAAAUUGUAAUUUAAUUCGUAUUCUUAUUUCUUAAUUCAUAACCAACAAUUUACAUAUAAUUUAGAACUCAGGAUUAAAAUGUCUUUGGAUACGGUACCUAAAGAUUUACGAGGACUCAGGGCUUGUCUAGUGUGCGCUCUAAUAAAGACUUUUGAUCAGUUUGAAUAUGACGGCUGUGACAAUUGCGAUGAAUUUCUUCGAAUGAAGAAAAAUAAAGACAAUGUUUAUGACUGCACUAGCAAUAACUUUGAUGGGAUGAUUGCAGUUAUGAGUCCCGAAGACAGUUGGGUGUGUAAAUGGCAGAGAAUAAGUAGAUUUUGCAAAGGAGUUUAUGCUAUAUCAGUAUCAGGUCGCCUUCCCGCUGGUGUUAUAAGAGAAAUGAAAAGUAGAGGGAUUGCAUACAGGCCUCGGGACACCAGCCAAAGAUAAGAGGAAGAACUGGAUAGUAUGUUAUAUUAUUUAAGGAUAUACUAAAAUAUAUUGUCAUCAAAUUUCAUAAUA